UUUUUUAUCAGACUGAAGUCAUGAGGAAUGGCAGCAGACAGACAUUUGUGUCGUAGAUGCGCCCUCGUGUCCUCUUUGCGCGCGUGGUGCUGAUGCUGCGCGCGCUCCAAAGACUGAGCACCAAUCAGAGCGUCUGUCUCCCUCAGUCAUCCCUUCCCUCUUCGCAAAGCACUUGUUCCCCUCAGUCCUCAGACCCAGUCCUCCUCCUGCCUCCGCGGAGAAGAUGCUGCGGCGCUCCCAGCAUCCUCCACGGGGACCCGGGCUGUCACGGAUCGACCUCUGAAGCCGUCAUGCCGGGGUACCUCAGGCUCCUGUUUGUGCUUCUGUGUUUGCUUCUGAUCGGGGAAUGCCGGAAACACAGGAGCAGGAAAAAGCGCUGGUCAGCGCCUGCGGAGACCCCAAAACCCGGGAGCCCUCUGGCCAAGAAGGUGGCUGAUGGCACUAAAAGCAGAAAGCUAAAGACCACCCACCUCCUGCGGGUUGACGAGCACGACUUCACCAUGAGGCCGGCUUUUGCAGGUCCGGCAGUCCCAGUUGGAGUAGAUGUUCAGGUGGAAAGUUUGGACAGCAUCUCAGAAGUAGAUAUGGACUUCACCAUGACUUUGUAUCUGAGGCACUACUGGAAAGAUGAGAGGCUGGCCUUCCCGAGCGCCACCAACAAGAGCAUGACCUUCGACGGGCGCCUGGUGAAGAAAAUAUGGGUUCCUGACGUGUUCUUCGUGCAUUCUAAGAGGUCAUUUAUCCACGACACCACCACGGACAACAUCAUGCUGCGGGUCUUCCCAGACGGCCACGUUCUGUACAGCCUCAGGGUCACAGUCACGGCAGCCUGCAACAUGGACUUUAGCCGAUUCCCGCUGGACUCCCAGACGUGCACCCUGGAGCUGGAAAGCUACGCCUACACAGACGAGGACCUGAUGCUGUACUGGAAGAGCGGGGAUGAGUCUCUGAGCACAGACGACAGGAUCUCCCUGUCGCAGUUCCUGAUCCAGAAGUUUCACACCACCUCCAGACUGGCUUUCUACAGCAGCACGGGCUGGUACAACCGUCUGUACAUCAACUUCACUCUGCGGCGGCACAUCUUCUUCUUCCUGCUGCAGACGUACUUCCCCGCCACCCUCAUGGUCAUGCUGUCCUGGGUGUCCUUCUGGAUCGACCGCCGGGCCGUCCCAGCCAGAGUCUCGUUAGGUAUAACCACGGUGCUCACCAUGUCCACCAUCAUCACCGGAGUCAACGCCUCCAUGCCCAGAGUGUCCUACAUCAAAGCUGUGGACAUUUACCUCUGGGUCAGCUUCGUCUUCGUCUUCCUCUCGGUGCUCGAGUAUGCUGCGGUCAACUACCUGACGACGGUGAGGGACGGCAAAGAACGCAAGCUCCGAGAGAAAGUGAGAGAACAGCAGUCGUGCAGUCAAACACUCCCCUGUUCCUGUGGUAUCCCCCACACAAAGACCAUGAUGCUGGAUGGGACCUACAGCGAGGCGGAUGCAAACAGCCUGGCGGGGUACACCCGAGCGUCCAUGCCUGCCGAGGACGCGUCAGACAAACAGGAGCAGAUGGUGGUGCACCUUGCCUUGGACAAUGAGUCCACCGGGACAAAGAGGAAGGGCAUCCGCAGCUUCAGGAUCAUCGAGAACACCCACACCAUUGACACUUACUCUCGCAUGAUCUUCCCAGGCGCCUACAUCCUGUUUAACCUGAUCUACUGGUGCGUGUACUGCUAAUGGAAAAGGUCUGGGCAGAAGUUGUUCCUGACCUGGUGUGGACGGCGUUCCGGGGGAAUAAUCCAGUCUUCAUCACCUGUUGGACUACAUCUCUUUAAAGAAUCUUCUCUCAUAUCAUAAUGUUGCCAUCCCCCACUCAUGACUACUUUUCUUUCGUUCUUCUGCCAACUUAGAACAUUUUGCAAAACCAUUUCCAGUGAAGAGCUGACCCUAAAUGAGAACAGAUGUAUGUUUGUUAAAGAAGCCAUCAAUUAGGAAUGCUCUUGAAAAAUGUUAUUCCAUUCAGGUGAGGUAGCUCCGGGGCUUUGCCAUCGCUCAUCCUGGCACCGAGUCAGGCUUUAAUGGGCUCAGGAACGGACUGACGGAGCCAUUGGCAGCGUUUAAUGAGUUCCUGUUCUUUUCUUUCAUGACAAAUGUCUGCCAUUAUAAUAUUGAAAGGUUGGUGCAUUUACAAUAAGGAUAUGAAGUUCACUAGGCUCCCUGUUUCUAUUUACAAUAUUCAAAUGUUAUUGAGGACAUAUUCAAAUAACAACAUUAAACCUUUAACACCUGCUUAAACACUAAAUGUUUAGUAAACUGUAACUUUUCAACCGUGAAUACAUUCACUCCAGUAGAUUCUAAAGGAGAAAAGCCGCUUUAAAUCAAAGAACAUAAACACUGGAGCUCCGGUGUUAAAGGGUUAAACGAAUGCACAUGAGGUUCCAGUAAAACAGAAGGCUGUUUGCUUAACAUUUUCUUAACCAUCGGACCUCAAGAAUUGUAUUCUUCAGUUCAACCUUUACUUGAUUUGUAAUGAUUGUCUUUUGUUCAUGGAAAAAUAGAAAAUUAUAAGAAGU